ACGCUCAGUUGCAUCAGCGUAAAUAGUUGAUUCACAGACCGGUUGUGAUCACUCUUCUCAGUUAAAGCGUUGUGUGUGCCUCACCUGUCGAAGUAGAUUCAUUCAUUAGCGUCCCAAAGUGACAGAGGGUCAAAUGAAACUGUAUAUUUCUGAGGGGAACCCGCACUGUAUUAAAGCACUAGCGGUGCUGGAACUCACUGGAGUGAAAUGUGACAUAGAAGUGAUCAGCCACGAGGAGAACGUGGUCCCUCACCUUAGCCGUCCGGUGUCGCCUGUCCUGUUGUUACCCAGCGGCCAACAUCUCUUCAGUUCCAACAGCAUCUGCCAAUACCUGUAUGAUGUCAGCGGUCAGGCUUCGACUGACGCCACGAACCAGUGGCUGGAAUGGGAGGCCACACAUUUACAGCCUGCAGUGUUACAGUCUCUCCACAUGGUGGCGCUGCAGGGGAAGCGUGUCGAAGCGGCGGCUGUGAUGAAGGAGCCGCUGAACUGGCUGGAACAGAGUCUGAGCAAGAGAAGCACAGCGUUCCUCACCGCAGAAGUGAUGUCAGUAGCAGAUGUUAUCCUGUGGGCGGCGCUCUUUCCUCUUCUGUCUGACUCGAGUUUUGAAGCUGGUGAGCUGGUGCGCGGCUGGUUCGGGCGUGUCGACUCUCUCUCCGCGUGUCGGGCGGCCGCUCACAGGAUCCUGCAGGGAAACGGUGUCGAAGCGCUGAAGACGUUCCUGCAGAAACACGCGGCUCCGCUUCGGGACGCUCCCGCCACCGCUGACGCUGAGGACGAGUGUGUGAUGAGCGCGGAAGAGAUCGAAGGAGCGGCGCAGGUCUGGGCUGAAGGACUCAAGGCUCGCUCUGCCGCCAUCGAGAGGAAACACCCGAUUCUCCCUCAGGAAGGAAAGAGAAACGUGCUGAUCACGAGCGCUCUGCCUUACGUCAACAACGUGCCUCACCUGGGGAACAUCAUCGGGUGUGUGCUCAGCGCCGACGUCUUCGCCAGAUAUGGGCGUCUGCGCGGCUGGAAUCUCCUGUACAUCUGCGGUACGGACGAGUACGGGACGGCCACGGAGAACAAGGCUCGCGAGGAGGGACUGACGCCGCAGGAGAUCUGCGACAAAUACCACACCAUCCACGCCUCCAUCUACCAGUGGUUCCAGAUCGACUUCGACUUCUUCGGCCGCACCACCACUGAGCGCCAGACCGAAAUCGCUCAGGAUAUUUUCUGGCGUCUCCACGAGAGGGGUUUCCUGCUGGAGGACACGGUCGAGCAGCUUCGCUGUGAAAGCUGUCAGCGAUUCCUGGCCGAUCGCUUCGUGGAGGGCGUGUGUCCUCACUGCCAAUACCCAGAAGCCCGCGGGGACCAGUGUGACAAAUGUGGCCGUCUCAUCAACGCUGUGGAGCUCAGGAAUCCGCAGUGUAAAGUGUGCAAGGAAACGCCGGUGAUCCGCUCCUCUAAACACCUGUUCCUGGACCUGCCCAAGCUGGAGGGCGAGCUGGAGGAGUGGCUGGAGAAGUCGAUCGGCUCGGGCGAUUGGACGCCGAACGCUCGGCACAUCACGCGCUCGUGGCUCCGGGACGGCCUGAAGCCGCGGUGCAUCACACGAGACCUGCGCUGGGGGACGCCCGUGCCACACGAGGACUUCAAGGAGAAAGUGUUCUACGUGUGGUUCGAUGCUCCUAUUGGCUACCUGUCCAUCACGGCAAACUACACCGACCAAUGGGAGAAAUGGUGGAAGAACCCUCAGCAGGUGGAGCUGUACAACUUCAUGGCGAAGGACAACGUUCCCUUCCAUAGUGUCGUCUUCCCUUGUUCACUUCUCGGAGCUCAAGACAACUACACACUGGUCAAUAACCUCAUUGCCACCGAAUACUUGAAUUACGAGGACACCAAGUUCUCCAAGAGCCGCGGUGUGGGUGUGUUCGGGGACAUGGCGAAGGACACGGGCAUCCCGUCUGACGUGUGGCGCUUCUACCUGCUGUUCCUGCGGCCCGAGGCUCAGGACUCCGCCUUCUCAUGGGCCGACAUGGCCAUCAAGAACAACUCUGAGCUGCUCAACAACCUGGGCAACUUCAUUAACAGGGCAGGGAUGUUUGUGAGCAAGUUCUUCGACGGCUGUGUUCCUGAGAUGCUCCUGAAUGAAGACGAUAAGCGCCUCAUCGCUCAGGUGUGCUGGGAGCUCAAGCAGUACAUCUCGCUGCUGGAUAAAGUCAGGAUCCGUGACGCUCUGAAGUGCAUCCUGAACAUCUCUCGUCACGGGAACCAGUACAUGCAGGUCAACGAGCCCUGGAAGAAGAUUAAAGGAGGAGACCACGACAGGGAGCGUGCCGGGACCGUGACGGGGGUGUGUGUGAACGUGGCGUGUCUCCUGUCCACCGUGCUGGAGCCGUAUAUGCCGACGGUCAGCCACACCAUCCGCGUCCAGCUGCAGGCUCCGCCCACCUGUGCCAGUGCCCAGCUGCAGGGCCCGGGGAGCUUCGUCUGCUCACUGCCGGCCGGACACCGCAUCGGCACGGUCAGUCCGUUGUUCCAGAAGUUGGAGAACGAACAGAUCGAGGCUCUGAGGAAGAGAUUUGGAGGUCAACAGCCAGAAGAGGAGUGUGUUGAAGCGAAGAGCCAGAGUUUCAGCAGCGCUGCAGCCGACACCAAACCUGGAGCGCCACUCCUGACCCCUGACCCCGAGACAGUCACACACCUGACCACUCAAGUGGCUGAACAAGGCGAUAAAGUACGAGCUCUGAAAGCUCAGAAAGUGGACAAGUCGGUCAUCGGGGAAGAAGUCGCCAAAUUACUCGAGCUGAAAAAACGACUCAGUCUCGCGGAGGGCAAGAACACAGAGCCGGCGGCUCAGAAACCCAAGAAGAAAUGAACAUGAAGAAGAAGAA